AGGUGUGGUUUAAUUACAGCUCUUAGACGAGGCCAUUUCCACAGCCAAAGAUCAUCUUCAAACUGAUACUCAUUAAAAUAAAACCCAACGCUGGGUUUUUAUUAUCGUGUGCUACCGGAAGCAUCCAUAAAACAUAAAGCACAGGCACUGGCAGGACAAUGGGGAUCUUGAAACUGGCAGAUUUGAUCCGUUCAGAUGCUCCCGAUGCCAUUUCUUACAAGGAUAUCAGUGACUACACAGGCAAAAUAAUCGCACUGGAUACCUCUAUUGUUAUGAACCAGUUCCGUGCAGCCACACCUACACUAAGCCCCCUGACAGGUCUCUUCUUCCGCACGCUCACCUUCCUGGAGCAUGACAUAAAACCAGUCUUUGUGUUUGACGGAAAGCCUCCUGGGGAGAAGAAAACUGUUCUUGAGAAGAGAGCUAAGGCAGCUGGUUGGAGCUCCACCAACCACACUGGCACAGCAUCAGCCCAGACCAAGGAUUGUCUCCAUCUCCUGAAGCUUCUUGGUGUACCGUUCAUCCAGGCUCCAGGGGACGGUGAGGCUCACUGUGCCCAGCUGGUGAGAGCGGGGACUGUGGACGCGGUGGCAUCAGAGGACAUGGACACACUGCCGUUUGGAGCCAAUAUUCUUAUUCGCCAGCUGAACGCCAAGAGAGACAGUGAAGUAAUUGAAUAUUCUUUACCCAAACUAUUAGAGAAACUCCAAAUUAGUCAUGAGGAGUUUGUUGACCUGUGCAUUUUGUUGGGCUGCGACUACUGUGACAAGAUCGCUGGUUUGGGUCCUAAGAGAGCUCUGAUGCUGAUCCAGAAGCACCGUACUAUUGAGAAUGUGGUUUUGCAAAUCAACAGAAAGACCCAUCCUGUGCCAAAUGAGUGGAAGUACAAUGAAGCACGGAGGUUAUUCUUGGAACCAUCACGGACCGAGGCUCCUGAACUCAUCUGGACUGAGCCUGAUGAGGAAGCCUUGGUUAAGUUUCUCUGUCACGUCAAAAAUGUAAAAGUGGAGAGGGUCCAUCGUCGAAUGGAGAGGUUCCGUCAGACGCGGGAAAGUAAGCGGGAGGAGCGGGAAAAGCAAAAAGCAGAGGGAUGUAGCAGGCAAACCCAAAUGGAGGACUUCUUUAGAGUUACCAGAAAGAGGGGACAGCCUGUGGAAGCCACAGCCUCUUUGAGCAGCAACAGAAAGAAACCAAAGUCAAAUUAAGUCUGCCACCAUCUGCUGCUUGGUGCCUCCACCGACAAAGGAAGGAAGUUGUUUUCAUCCGUCUCCCCAUCCAGAUACCUGAAAAGAAUAAUGGUCCAAUUUGACAGACAGUUCUCAAAUCUGUGACCCCACUCUUGAAUGGGUGCCAUAAAUGAUGUAGCAUGAUUUAACUACCAUGCUACAUUCUUGUUCUGAGAGAAAGGGCAGAAUGUUUUACAAUCCAAUGCCAAUUUCAAUUUAUAUUUUAUUUUCUGUAACAUUUGUAAUUUAGAAAUGUCAACUGUCAAAGGCAGCAGUUUUAUUUUUCAUUUACAAAGUACUGUGCUUUCCACCCAAUUUAGAAGACGCCAGAACAGGCAUCUUGCAAGACACUGACUUGAAGUCUUUGUCUCUGCAUGGGAGCACUACCCUCACUGACAAUACAAUAAUCUGAUCUUGUCUGAACAGCAGUGUCCUCUAACAACGCAGUUCACUGAGCACUUCUUCAGUGAAUCCAGCAGUUUCCUGCAAAGCCACCAAGAAAAGCAGGGCAGGCGGCAGACAGCUAUGAAAGAGAACAGUGCGAUCACUGUCAGGGAUGACUUCCCGUAGGCCAAAACUGGAGACAGGGGAUGUCUCAUCACUAGAUAUUCAAUGACCACCUGUUGUGUAAAGGGUGCCAAGGCAGGGACCAGAGACUUGAAUUUUAAAACAUGCACCAACAUGCAAAGUGAUAUUAUGUAUAAAAGAGAUUGAGAUGUUUAAAUCCAUGUGAAGAAUGCUUUGCUUUAUUUUGAAAAUACGUGUACAUGGUAGUUUUAUAUGAAGAUUUGUUAUUCACACAUAAUACUAAUGUUGGCAUUUUAAAUUAAAAUUAUGUUUGGUUGGUUUGGA